AUGGCACCAACACCCAAGAACUUGUCCUCAUGGGAGGAAAGAGGGCCAGUGAGCAAUACAUUAGGAGAGAAAAUUGUUAUAUCUGGUAUGUCAGGCCUCUAUCCAGGGUCUCAUAGCAUCAAGGAUUUAUCAAACGUUCUCUACAACAAGAUCAACCCAAUAAGGAAGGAGAACCCCCGCUGGAAAUAUGAACACCCUGAAGUAGCACAAUACACGGGCCAAGUGCCAGGGCUUCCACAGUUUGAUGCGCAGUUUUUCAAAGUUCACUACCGUCUUGGCAAUAAUAUGGACCCUAUGGCCCGCAAGAUGUUAGAGCAAUCAUAUCAGGCUAUUUAUGAUGCUGGUCUAUGUCCGGAAGAACUCUCUGGAAAGAAAAUUGGUGUCUACGUUGGAACUUGUUUUUCGGAAAGUGAAAAGGCUUCCUUUUAUACCGCAGGUUCUAAGACAGGUUUUGGGAUUGCAGGAUGCAGUAAAGCAAUGUUUGCCAAUAGAAUCUCUUAUUGGUUGAACGCUAAGGGCCCCUCUAUGAACAUUGACGAUGGUUGCUGCAGUUCCACGGAAGCUUUGGAACAGGCUUACCUCGCCAUCAAUCGCGGCGAAUGUGAAGCUGCUAUCGUUGGAGGAGCGAAUCUUUGUUUGCACCCACAAUCCUCAAUCCAUUAUGGAAGAACCGUGAAGUUAAGUAUGGAUGGUAAGACCAAAUCGUUUGAUACUGAAGCUGCUGGAUGUGUUAUGGCUGAGGCAAUCAACAUCCUUUUUAUUCAGAAAGCUAAGGAUGCUCUUAGAAUUUACACCGAAGUCGUGCAUGUGAAAUGUAGAUUUACAUCCAUUCUACAAGACGAACAAGAAGGUCCAAAGUAUGGUUUCUAUAGGGAUCCUGAAAACAUGGCCAACUUUAUAAAUACUUUCUAUGAUGAAACACAAAUACCGCCUCAAGCCGUUGAAUAUGUAGAAGCUUUUGGUUCAGCUGUACCAGAGGCGGAUAAAGCCGAACUUGAAGCAAUCGAAAAAGUGUACUGUAAUAACAGAAAGGAUCCUCUUUUCGUGGGCAGUGUUAUGUCAAAUAUAGGAUAUGGAGGAGCUGCAUCAGGGAUAUCAGCUAUUACAAAGGUUAUAUUGGGGUAUCACUCUGGACUGCUAGCAGGAAAUUUGAAUUGUGACUCGCCUAGAAAAGACAUAGCAGCUCUGCGUGAUGGACGUUUGCGCAUUCUUACUGAUCAUCAUAAGAAUUUUGGCCGAGCCUACACCGCUAUUAACGGUAUCUCAAUGUCCGGGUCCAAUGCGCAUGUCCUUUUAUAUGGUCAUUAUAAAUCUAAGGACCAUUCGCGUUACAAGACUAAUAUUCCUCGUUUAGUGUUCCUAUCUGGCAGACAGGAAUCAUCCGUGAAUAAGAUUAUUCAAGAUUUAAAAUCUCGUUCUGUUGAUCCCGAGGAAAUAGCGCUUUUACAUAAUAUUCAUAAAAACAGAAUUUCGGGUCAUUUAGGGAGAGGAUUUAUUUUACUUGACACAAAUGAAAAGAACGAAACCAUUUGUCUUCAUGAAAAGUUGAACUACUUUGACGAUGCAAAGCGACCACUGUGGUUCGUAUACAGUGGAAUGGGAUCUCAGUGGGCCGGUAUGGGAGCGCAGCUCAUGAGAAUUCCAAUAUUCGCCGCAGCCAUUGAAAAAUGUCGACGUGUCUUGGAACCCAAAGGAGUAGACAUAGUUCAUAUUAUUACGUCUGAAGACAAAACUAUAUUCGACAACAUUCUCAAUUCCUUUGUUGGAAUUGCUGCUAUUCAAAUUGGACUUACAGAUGUUUUACGUGCAUUAGAAAUUGUCCCCGACAAAAUUAUCGGACACAGUGUCGGUGAGCUUGGCUGCGCUUAUGCAGACGGAUGCUUUACAGCCGAAGAGAUGAUACUUGCUGCAUACAGCCGAGGUCUUGUCUCUGUGCAGACUCCAUUCAUUCGUGGAUCAAUGGCAGCUGUUGGUGUAGGUUACGAGAAGAUAUCUAAAAUGUGUCCUCCUGAGAUUGAAGUAGCUUGCCACAAUGGUCCCGAUUCCAGCACAAUUUCUGGCCCUGCUGAUAUCAUGAAGGAGUUCGUGGCACAACUAACCGCAAAAGAAAUUUUUGCCAGGGAAGUGCCAUGCUCGAACAUUGCAUACCACUCACGAUACAUAGCUGAUGCAGGUCCAGGACUGCUAAAAUAUUUGGGCGAAGUGAUAAAAUCACCCAAAGCACGCAGUGAACGUUGGGUUUCUACGUCAGUGCCACAAGAUAAAUGGAAUGAGCCGAUCGCAAAAUAUUCUUCUGCGGAGUAUCACACAAAUAACUUACUUAAUUCAGUGCUCUUUGCAGAGACAUCGACACUCAUUCCAGCAAAUGCGGUGGUAGUAGAGAUAGCACCUCACGGUCUUUUGCAAGCUAUUCUCAAGCGUUCUCUGCCUGAAUCCUGCAAACACGUGCCGCUGACAAGACGAGGGCACCCUGACAAUGCACAGUUUUUAUUAGAAGCCAUUGGAAAUCUCUACAUGGAGGGAUACAGUCCCCAAGUUCAAGAACUAUACCCGAAAGUAGAAUUUCCAGUUUCAACUGAAACACCAAUGCUAUCGCAUCUCUUAGAAUGGGCGCAUCAUGAAUCUUGGACGGUACCAUUGUAUGUGACAGCAAACAGAAAAACUGCAGCUUCAUGUACUCAUGUCCUAUCAAUCCAUGAUGACGAGCAACGAUACUUGAGAGGGCAUGUGAUAAGAGAAACAAACUCAUACCCCUUCGCUGCUACUCUAGUGGCAGUGUGGGAUACAUUAGCCAUGGUACUGGGAGUUCCAAAGAAACAACUGUCAGUCCAGUUCCAUGAUGUGCAUCUACACUCACAACCCAAUCUCCACGACCAAAGGCAAUUGCGACUGAAUGUUACUAUACAUAGAGGAAAAGGCCAAUUCGAGGUCUUAGACGACAAUAUUAAAGUUGCGAGCGGUUUUAUUAUCAGCGAAAUAGACAAAGAUUUAUCACCAAAGGAACAAAUUAAGUCUGAGGAAGUUUUGGCACUAAAAUCAAAAGAUAUUUAUGCUUUAUUGGACGCUAGAGACUACAAUUACUCGGAGGAGUUUAAUAGUAUUUACAAUGCUAACUUGUCAUUAACUAAAGCUCACCUGUUGUGGAAAAACAAUUGGGUGACAUUAAUUGAUGGUAUAAUACAACUGAAUGCACUUAGGCGCAGUCAUGAAAGCGUUUCGCAACCUUAUUACAUUAGGAGAAUUGCAAUUGAUGUUGAAAAGCAUUCGAAAAGUAACACGGUAGUUGUUGAUGAUAUGAAUAUCAUAUCGGCCGAAGUGUGUGAAGUGAUGGAGAGUACCAGAUGUGGUGGUGUAUUAAUUGAAAACAUCAAGUUCUACGACAUGCCAUCAAUAAACAAAGAACAGAUUGCUUUAAAAGCAUUAAAAUUUAUUCCUCACGUCUCUACCAACAAUUUCGACGAAAAAUCGGCUUUGUGUGUAUUUUUGCAAAUCAUAUCUGAAAAUGUAAAUAAAAAGGUGAUCAAUAUCGGCCAUAUUAUUGAAUACAAAGAUCAAAUUAAUUUAAUAACAAUUCAAGAAAUUAUUAAGAUCAUUAAUAAUUUCUUCCCUGAAAUUAAGAUAGAUUUAUUACAAAUUAGUCGGGAAGAUUUCACUAAGAAGCCUGAUGGUUUCAUUGGAAAUAUUGAUGUAUUAAUGAUAAACAAUUUAGCUGCUGAUGAUAAAAUGUGCCAAGUGCUACAUAGGGUACUCAGUCGCGAUACUUUCCUCAUCAAUAAAGAGGAGUGUAUAGAUUUGUCGACUAUGCGUCCUUCUCAACUGUAUCACUGUGUGUGUGCCCAUACUUUUGGUUCUUCACGGAUGGAACUAAAUUUGUGGCGACCUUCUGAUGUUACGGUCGGUACGAGUGCUGUUACCGUAUUUUCACAAGCUGACCUCAUCAAACUGUCUUCUCAAUUAUCCACACUUCCCCUUAAGCAUAGAAUUGUAAUAUUGACUUCAUAUCCAGCUUUCGGUGGAUUAAAAGAUAUGGUUAAAGAGCUUAGAAAAAAUCGAAAAAUUAAUCUUGUGAUUGUCAAUCACAAAUUAUUAGAAGAACAAAGUUUGGAACAAAUGCCGUUCACAGAUUUGGCUACAAAUAUUUUAGACCACGGUAUUUGGGGUGGAGAAUAUUACUUGCCACUUCAAGAAAGUAUAGCUAAAGGCAAAGAAAUGGCUCUGGAAAUGACACGGUUGGGAGAUUUAGACUCUAUUCAAUGGAUAGAAGUGACAGGAUCCAGUCAUCCGGGAAUCCCAGUAAAAGUCCAAUAUGCAGGUCUCAACGAUGCGUAUAUAAAGAAAGUUUUAGGAGUUGCUGCAAAAGAACACAAGGAUAAUAAGAAGCUGGUUGAAUAUGAUUUUAGUGGUACCACUGAUAGAGAAGAACGUGUGAUGGGUAUCGUGCAAGAAGAAUCAAUCAAUGCCUGUGUUAAUGCAAAGCCUGAACUACUAUGGCCUGUGCCUAAACAUUGGACUUUGGAGGAUGCAGCUACUGUUCCUUUAGCUUACUGUCUGGCGUUCUAUUGUCUUUGCUUCAAAAGUAGGUUUUACCGUGGCAACAGUAUUCUUGUGCAUGGAGGCACAGGAGCUUUGGGUCAAGCGAUCAUCUCUAUCGCACUGGCACAUGAUUGCGACAUUUAUACUACAGUGAGCGAUAUUAAGAAAAAAAUGUUCUUGCUCAGUCUUUUUCCGGAACUUAAAGAGGAUCACAUCGGAUAUUCUCGUGAUGCCAGUUUUAGAGAUAUGAUUCUUAAAGGCACACAUGGAAAAGGGUGUGAUAUUGUUAUAACUUCAGUCAAAGGAGACCUAAGAAACACUUCCAUAGGGUGCUGCAAACUAUUUGGAUGCAUUGUUGAUACUUCUAUUGUACUCAAUAAUGAAGAUUAUACCUUUGGAAUGUUUCAUUUGUCUAAAGCCAUUACUUAUAGUACACAGAAGUUUUCUUCAUUGUUCGAGCCAACAAAAGUAAACGAGUUGAAAAUGCUACAAGUAAUGGUCAGCGAAGGAAUAGCUCGCGGCUACGUGCGCCCACUGUCUCGCGUGGUAUACGCGGCGGGUGACGCUUCACGUGCUCUGCGCCUUCAAGCUGGCAGCAGACACUUGGGUCGAGUGCUUCUUCAUUUGGAAGAGGAUGUUGUUACAGUUCGUUUCUCUUAUUCUAGGAUUAACUGCUCGUCCGAUCGAUUGCAGCUGUUGUUAUCAGAAAACGAUGUUUUGGGGAUACAAUUUGCCGACAGGUUGAUAAGCCGAGGAGCUAGAAAACUAGCUUUGCACUGCUCCAAUAAGUCAAAUAGUGUUUUGUUAAAACUGAGGACCUGGGAGAAACAAGGAGUUCAAUAUACAGUAUCAUACGGAAAUCAAUGGAAUGAAAAUAUUUUUAAUUUAUUAAACAGCAAGACGCCAGAAGUUGUUGAAGGAAUAUAUUGCAUUUUAAAUUCUAAUGCUCAAAAUGAACAAAAUAUUAAAUGCUUAGAGCAUUUAACUUUAGCCAUCCGAAGAUCAAGUUGGCCUAUAAAGUAUUUUGCUAUUAUCGAUGCUAGGAACGAAGUAAGCGAUAUCAUAAAACUAACGAAGCCGCACGAUCAAUUCACAACAAUAAAACUGCCAUCUUUGAAAAACGUAAGAAAAUUGUUUUUCUAUGUUGGAAAUAAAGAAUAUUUUUCAAUCGGCCAUGCUAUUGAUGCCAUUGAAAAAGCUUUAUGUUACAAAGAACGCGUUAUAGCUGCACAUCGUACUCGCAAACCUAUGGGCACCUUGUUACAAGAGUUAGCUAAUUUAGCUGAUUUCUCAAUUUCCAAUGUAACGACUCGAGAGGCAACACUCAAAGAUCUGGGAAUGGAUCUGUCAAAAUCGCACAUUGUAAGAGCGUAUUUGCGCGAUUUUCAUUGUAUUUUACUGGAUGAAGGUAUCAUACCAAUAUUAACAGUGAAAAAAAUAUUGGAAUUAGAGGAUAAGAUGUCUAAAAAAGUGUUAGAAGAUUCUGAAGGUUUGAAAACAUUCUUUUCCCACAUUGAUCCGGAUGAGCUCUUAGCAACUACGGAAAUGGUGUUUUUACCAACACUAACUGCGUGUACUGCGUUGAGAGAUAAUGAAUUUGACGUAAGUCAAACAUACUUGUGUGUAGUACCGGGUGUAGAAGGCCUACACGUACGCUUCCAUGAACUAUGCGAGCGGCUCAAGUUACCAGCGUUAGUAUUGCAGCCAGGAGUAGAACGACCACACGAGACUAUACAAGAAAUGGCACAAAGAUAUGCUAAGAUUCUCCUAAACAAGAUCCAAUUGAAGAAGCGGUUCUAUCUUCUGGGAUAUGAAAGUGGCGUUUUGGUUGCUUUGGAAAUGGCAGCGAUUCUUGAAGAUCAUGGUUUAACUGGUGCAAUAUUCUGCAUUGGCGGUGCACCGGAGAAUAUUUUAGAAAAAUUUGAAGAAAAACUAGCUAUAUUUGAAACAGAAGAAUCGCUGCAAGUGGCUGUAGCAACUCAUAUGUUUAUGUUGAUGAAUAAAGAUGAAAACCCCGAAGAUUUGAAAAAUAUCCUAAAGACCAUCUCCACAUGGAAAGAAAAAGUAACCUUGUGUGUGCAGAAACUCCUGGGACGAAUUGACCAUUCUAUUCAGUAUGCCAAAGAAUUCAUUGAAGCGGCAUACGCAAGAAUAUUACAAGUACGGAAUUACAGUUCAGAGCCACGUCUACUUCGCUCCCUCCUGAUAUCUAUUCGACCACGGUCAUCGGGGUCUAAUCAUGUUGGGGCCCUUUCUUUACAAAAUCAUUCGCAACAAAAAGUGGUGGAGUAUGAAUUGCAAGCUCCUCUGGCGUAUGCAGCUCAAGAUUUACGUUGCGCCGCCAUUGUGAACCGCCAUUUAGGCGUUGACAUUCUGGAAGAAUUUGAUAAGAGAAACUUGUGCGAAAGUUACAUUAUAAACGCAGAUUCAUUUAUGACCACUGCUGAAGUUGAUGUUGGACAAUAA